UUGUCUGAUAGAGUUGAGAGAUACAGUAAGAUAGAUACAGUAAGAUAGAUACAACGAAGAAAACAUCGCGUCGCACGUUCGCCACCUACCUGUUGAAUAUCACCGCCGUUUAAUUUGCAAGUUUGGGGUUGGGUUGACGAGUCACUCACUGUCGAAGAACAAAGUCGAACCUGGAAAAAGGAGAGUCAGUCGAGGUUUUGUCGAGGUAAAUGCGGAAGGAAAGAGGAUUUGUGCAACUGGUUGCCACUCCAAUGUUCUAACCGGACCGACCGACCAAAGGAUUUAUCAACCGAUCAAACCGAUUUAUUGACGCCAAAAAAACACAAUGCCUUUAGGACUGAGGAGAAAGAAGAACAAGUCGAGAGAGAGCUCGAACCUGGUGGAGAACGAGGAGGUCGGUGGACACGCAACUGGGAGCUCCGUGAAGUCGACCGUAAACGGAGCGGGGCUCCCACCGCCACCUGCCAACCUGCGGCCCAAACUAGUGUUCCACACUCAGCUCGCCCACGGCAGCCCCACGGGAAGGAUCGAGGGAUUUACUAACGUCAAAGAACUCUACGGGAAAAUAGCUGAUACGUUCAAUUUAAGUCCACCAGAGAUCCUGUUCUGUACAUUGAACACCCAUAAGAUCGACAUGGAGAAGCUGCUUGGUGGUCAGAUCGGCCUGGAGGACUUUAUAUUCGCCCACAUUAAAGGGAUUAAGAAGGAGGUGGAGGUGUUUAAAUCAGAGGAGGCCCUGGGACUCACCAUUACAGACAACGGGGCGGGAUACGCCUUCAUCAAGCGUAUCAAGGAGGGCAGUGUGGUGGACAAUGUGAAGGUGAUCUCUGUUGGAGACCACAUAGAGUGCAUCAACGGGAAGAACAUUGUGGGAACACGUCACUACGAGGUGGCUCGCAUGCUGAAGGAGCUGCCUAAGGAGCAGAAGUUCACCCUGAAACUGGUGGAGCCGAUGAAGGCCUUUGAGAUGCUGGAGCCGAGGUCGAAGGGAGCCAAGCCGGCCAGUGAGAAUAAGUUGGGGACAGGGAGAGGGACUCUGAGACUGCGCGCCAAAGGACCUGCUACUGUAGAGGAAGUGCCGACAGAGUUUGAGGAGAAAGCAGUGAAGAAGGUGGAUGACCUACUGGAGAGCUACAUGGGUAUCAGAGAUACAGAACUGGCGGCAACCAUGGUGGAGGUGGGUCGGGACAAGAAGAACCCUGAUGAGUUUGCCAUGGCUCUGGACGAGGCGCUCGGAGAUUUUGCCUUCCCUGACGAGUUUGUGUUCGACGUCUGGGGCGCCAUUGGAGAUGCCAAACAGGGACGUCUUUAAUGUUUUAACUGAUUACCCAGAUCACCUCGCCUGGUCCAAGACGGCACAAACACAUCUGGGACCAGGCUACCAACCCCUGUUCCAGUGGACAAAUAUCAGCCAGUAGAGAAUGAGGGGUGGGAAUUAACAGGGACCUCACACGCAUUGCGACUCCACACUGUGAUUUUAUUCCGAUUUGAUGUUCCGAACAUAUUGCUCACUAAAUGUCUGCUGCAGAAGGACAAGCUAGAGAAUGAGGAAAUUAGUUUUAAAUCAGUCAUGGAAAUAUAAGUGGUCACUAUGUUAAAAUAUGGAAAACAAACUAUAGGAUGGAAAAUACCAGAAUUUUGGCGCAGGUACAUCCGACUAGCGCUAGCUAACACUACCUUUUGAAAAUGAAAAAUCGAUACUUAGAGUCAAAGUAUCUACAUAAUACGGUCCAAAAUAAUAUUGUGAUAUGUAACUAUCGAUUCUAUUAAUAUACACCCUCGAAGACAGAAUCACGUAUUGAUCAGUCAUGUCCCACUCAACCUAGUUCUCUGGAAUGCAUCCCAAAUGAGCACCCUAUUCCCUAUAUAGUGGUACUACUUUAGACCAGAGCCCUAUUCCCUAUAUAGUGUACUACUAUAGACCAGAGCCCUAUUCCCUAUAUAGUGCACUACUAUAGACCAG